AUGAGGCUCUGUUUCUGGGCUGGAGCCCAAUGUCUCCUGCUCAUCUUGGUGACACACAGAUCAGCUUCAACAGAGGCGCCUCAACCCAACGAGAGACACUACUACAUCGCUGCUGUUGAGAUAGACUGGAGCUACUCUGGAACUGACUCUAAUGGGUAAGGAGGACACAUUAUAAUAAUAAAAAAUCUCCAAAUUUAGAUAAAAACAUCUUUUUAAGGCGUUGUAUUCCUAUAUUUUUAUUGACAUUGUCAGCCUGAUUUUGCUUUGGAUCUGUUUGUACUUUCUGAAAGUAGUCCAGACUGUCCUCAUUUCAUUUCUGCUUUAUCUGAGGACACUGUCAGCGUUAUUUUGACACACGCUCAUCAGUUGCAUCAUAAGUAAACUUACCCUGUAUCUGAAAUUCCUGACAUUCAGUGCAGAACAAAUGUCAGUGUCUCUCCUCAUGUGUUGAUUCAUUGUUUUGUAUUUUACCUCCAGUCCCACCUAUAAGAAAGUGGUUUUCCGUGAGUAUGAGAAAGACUUCAAACAGGCUAAGACCCAUCCCUCAUGGUUAGGUGAGUAUUGCAAAUACACGUUAUGGUAACACACAGUCUGUCUGGUUGUGAUUACGAAGGCAUACUCAUCCUGUCUGCCAUAUAACUAAUUGGCUAAUAAUGUCUCAGAAUAGAGUUGAUAUAAAUAUAAUUGUCAUUAGUCAGCAUGCUUAUGCAAUCACCUCUUAACAGACUUAAUAUCAGGGCCCCUAACAGGUAAAACCCAUUAAGGAGAAGCUACUAAAGUAUUGGCACCACCUUUCCUCCUAAAAAAAAUUAGCAAAAAGCGUCUUUUUAAAAAAUCUUUUUCUGAAUAAAUAAAUUGUUUUGCAUAAUGGUACUGUGACCAUGAGAAAAUGAAGAGAAAAUAAUACAUGGGAUGUAAAACUGCAGCCAUGGUUUUAACUUCAUUGAACAUGUGUGCGCCCCCAGCUAGGGUACAGUCAUAACAGUUGCUAUACUCCUACGGUGGCCCUCUGGGGACACAUGCUUUAAAAAAACAAAUGAAGGAAAGUCUGUAAAUGCUGAUGCCGAUUUCUGAUUUAACUCCUGAUGUUUAGAAUAAACAAAUAACAGCGUAAACAUAGUAUUGAUAGUCUAAUGUAUGGAUGUAUCAUAUUUGCGCCAUCUAGAGGGGAAGUUGUUCUCUUAAUCAUGAGAGUUGAGCGUGACAAUGUCCGUCAUACUCAAUCACAGUUAGUGUCACUCCAACAGUUUAUCAACUUUAUUUUUUGCAGUAAGGAUAAUUUACAGAGAUAAAGAGGUAUAAUGUGGUCCAAAUUAAUGCUAACUGGAUUAUUCAAAUUGAUACAAAUAUCACCAGAAUUCAGAGAAGCUGUUUCCCCACCAAUGCAGUUCGUGAUACUUUAAAACCCUUUGUUCUUAGUGAAUCACACAUCAUCUUUUUGGCUGGUUUUAUGAAUCAGGCCCCCAAGAGAGAAAAUUGCUUUAAUGUUCUGCCUCUAAUAGAAGCCUCUUUCAUAUAAAAGCCUUGAACCUGAGACAGUAAAAACACAGAAUAGACCCAGCCUUGAGAAGUUAUGGUAAAUGGAUGGAAAACUACAAACCAAAGUAAAUAAAUGAAAAUAUAAAGGGUAGGUUGAUCAUGAUCACGCUGUAAAAGAUGUAUUACAAAUCAGAAAGAAGUCAGUGAACAUAACCACCUCAUCCUUGUAACACCACAGUUAUUUUUUCUAGAGAUCUAAAAUUGUCUUUAAUGUGGACCUAAAACUCCAGUGUAGCAGUGAAACUUGACCUCCAGUUUAGACUUAUUCAUGAAAAUAGUUAUCUGUUUAAGACGAGAUUGUACGUUGAAUUAAAUUUCUGCAUCCUGAAGCUCUGUCACAAAACGAACAUUUACAGAAAACAGAAAGUUAAAAAUUCUGUUUUUCCUCGAAGUUGUGUCCUGCUCUAUCUUGAAGUUCAGUGCUAUUUCUGAGAACAUGGUUACAUAAUAAAUCCUCGUAUUAUAGAAAUAGGGAAGCAAAAGAGGGAAACAAAGCAGUAAACUAUUAAUUCAUUGAGUGCAGUUCAUAAGAUGGUUAAAUAUCUGCUGGAAAUUCUGGAGAACAGUAACAGAGAGAUGAGUCGGUGUGAUUUCACGUCAUUAGUCUCGCUGUGUCAUCAUGAUGUAACAGAACACACAUGUUAUACACAGACCAAACAAACUGAGGUCUGUCUUCUUCUCUCGGCAGGUCUGCUGGGACCCACCCUGCGGGCGGAGGAGAACGAGACGAUUGUGGUCACUUUCAGGAACAUGGCGACGGGACCGCACAGCAUCCACCCACAUGGCAUCGCUUACGGGAAGCAGUCUGAGGGUGGGUUUACUUUAAAACCCAGCUGUAUGUGGCAGAGAACAGAAACGCUCAACAUCUGUCCGUAAGGGUCAGAUAGGAUGUUCGUGAUGUUACUCAUUCUAAUAAUUACACAAGAUUGGCCAACAUAACAAACAAGCUUGUUUGUCUUUGUCUAAAAGAUUAACCAGGAGAGGCAGAUUGUCGAAGUAGAGCGUACUGAAGUCCAACAGGAAGAGUUGCUGAGCCCGAGGAAAUCACUGUCUGUGUCUGCUCAUGAGAAGAGAAAGAACAGAACAUCCGUACUCUCAUUAGGAUGGGAAAUUGACAUCAAGCGCUCCUGAAUUUGCUCUCGUUAUAAACAUCAGGAUGCUGGGAAUUAGAUAUUAAAGAUGAGCUUGUAGGAAAUUCUUCAUUAAGUCUUAAUAAUGUUUGAGACAGGGGCUAAUGUCAUCUCACAGACUGUGUUUACGAGGUCAGCAUUCAGGUCAUUUCAACUAAUGGAGCAUUCAAACCUUAUUUUUUAUUUAUCCAUCUUCUAUUGUGGCCCUUAGAGCGCAACUUAAAGCAGAUUAAGAAAAGACACGUGGAUGACAAAAUGUAGGCAUACUAGGAAAACAUCUCUCAAAUUAUACACACUUAAAAAACUUUGAAGAUAUUUUAACAACAGAGAGUGAUUGACGUAGCCAACAUGUUGUCCUCCUUUGGAUUUUUCCCUACAGUGUGUGGGUGGUGUUCUGGCCAUCCCCGUGUUGUUUUGGGGUCAGAUGUGAUCGUAUUUGGGUGAAAGGGCGGAGCUUGGAAGAAAUGAGUUUUUGGAAAAGGCCAGGUGUAAUAGCUUUACAGCCAAUGCUCAUGUCUAAUUUAUUCACCACAGAAUCAGCAAGUUAGCCAUCAUUUUCAACAACAAAAUGAAGAUUUUGGCCCCUCUUUAGAUAGUCUAAAAUGCACACUGAAGCUUCCUAUCAGUAGGAUCCAAGCUGGGUUAACAAAUUCAACAGCAAAGGUGCAGCUCAGUUCACUUUGCAGCACUCAAGGACAAUAGACUUUGAAAACUUUGAGGGUUUGGUUGAGUUGUUGGUGUAUACAGUGUUUUUAAACUGAUGCUUGUAUUUGUUUAUUUGCUUGUUGAAUGCACUGUCUAAUCUCUGUCAUUUUGCACCUAUUCAAACUGAUUGCACUUUCUGUUUGCAGGAGCUCACUACUUUGACAACACCUCACAAAAAGAGAAAGAGGAUGAUGUCGUGCAGCCAAACUGUGAACAUGUUUACUACUGGGAGGUGACGCCAGAGGUUUCUCCACAGGCGAGUGACCCCACCUGUCUCACCUACAGCUACAUCUCCCAUCAAAAUUUUGUAGAGGACUACAACUCGGGCCUUAUCGGUACUUUACUCGUCUGCAAGCCUGGUAAGUGAGAAGAAGUGGCCGUUUCGAUUUUGACAGAAUCGCUGAAUUUGUUAGGAGUCAAAUAAAUAUGUUUGACUCUUUUGCUUUUUCUGCAGGCAGUUUGGAUCAGUCAGGGAAGCAGAUUCACGCUCAUCAGGAGUACAGCUUCCUCUUUGGGGUUUUUGAUGAGAAAGAGAGUAAACACAAAGCAACCAGCCCCUCCCCAAAUGACCAUGUUAUCUACACCAUCAAUGGAUACACUCAGGGAGCUCUACCUGGUAUGGUCAUCCAUCAGUCUUGUCAUACGAACUCUGGCUGGGGGUUGCAUUCAAUCAACUCUUUGAUGUUUCACAUUCAUGAUCAAGAUCCACUCUUAAGUACAUCAAUGUGCGCAUUUUCCAACUGCAGUCAUAGCGCCACCUCAUGGAAGUACAUGCUACUGACUUUAACAUACAACAGCCAAUCUGUAUCAAAUUUUACAAGUUUAAAGAUAGCCCCAACCUGAAGCCAUCUAUACAUAUCUUCUGGUCAUAGCAGUGCCCACCUACAGGACACAGUUGGUAUUUCCACCAAUAGAUGGUUAAAAUCCAGCGCCAACACUUAAGAGACUUUCACCAGAUGUUCAGUAUAAACCAAACCAUUCUGAGCAAAGUAAAAUCAAAGUCUCGCCUUGUUUCUCCAGAUGUCGAUGUCUGUGCUUACGCUCCUGUGAGCCUACAACUGCUUGGUAUGAGCUCCCAGCCUGAGGUGUUCUCAGUGCACAUGAAUGGACAGGUGCUGACUCAGACUGGCCAUAAAGUGUCUUCAGUGGGCCUGAUCAGUGGGUCAUCCACCACCGCCAGCAUGCAGGCUCUGUCCACAGGCCGCUGGCUGCUCUCGUCGCACACCACCAAGCACAUGGAGGGUAAGAAUAAAACCAUCAUCCAAACCAUGAAGCAAGCUUUCUAUAGAGAAUGCAGGGCCAAUGCGGAUGGUUAAAAUCUACAUUGAUGCUUUCAUUUUGCUCGCUGGCAUUAAAUCAAUAAGAUGAGAUAAAAAUAAGAUGCACACCGAUAUUCAUAAAUGUUGGCUGCAAACAUUGGUGCAUUAUUCGCUUAUAAUGUGUCUGUAAAAAGGGAAAAUUUUAACCGUUACUGAUGUUUUCCAAAGACCAUUACUGAACUGUUUCUGUCAUUGCAGCUGGCAUGCACGGAUUUGUAAAUGUGAAAAUGUGUGAUGGCUUCAAACCUCCUCGGCGAAGGAUGACCAUUGAGCAAAAACGGCACAGCAGGGAGUGGAAAUAUUACAUUGCUGCUGAGGAAAUAACCUGGGACUAUGCACCAGAAGUGCACGAUCAUGUUGAUGAGUAAGCAGCAUUUUACAGCAUUUUUAUAUCUCCCAAAGGCUGCUUUGUUUUAGAAGUUAUAUCAGUGUUUGUCUUUGUGCAGGGACUUUAAGUCUCAGUACCUGAAACAGUCAGCAACACGCAUUGGAAAGAGGUACAAGAAGGCCGUGUACACACUGUACAAAAACGAGUCAUUCACUGAAAAACUGGAGUCACAACAGAGAAAAAACGAGCUUGGGAUAUUGGGUCCUGUCAUCAGAGCACAAAUCAGAGAUGUUAUCACAGUAAGUAUUUUUAAACAUUCAUAUUUUAUCACAGAAGAAAGAAAUCAGCUUCAAUUGUUGAGCACGGAGAGGAUGUUUAAAAGUUUGUUUCGAACCAGCAGCCACUUGACUCCUCUUUUACAGGUCGUCUUCAAGAACAUGGCCUCCAGACCUUACAGCAUCUAUCCACAUGGACUAUCAAUCGAUAAGUCAGAAGAGGGAGUCAACUACCCAGCAGGAGGUACCAAACCUCUCCUUACUAUUAAGCUAAUGGUUUGACUAUUUACAAAAUAACACCAUUACACUAAUUUGGCGCUGUAAAUGUCACUGUGUCAACCAGGUAACCAGUCUCAUGGAGUUCCGCCUGGUGAGACAUACACCUAUGUGUGGAGAGUGCUGGAGGAGGAUGAGCCUUUACUGGGAGAUUCUCGAUGUCUGACACGAUUUUACCACAGUGCGGUGGACACACCUAGAGACAUCGCCUCAGGACUGAUCGGACCGAUGCUCAUCUGCAAGAGUCAGUCCCUCAACGUCAGGAAUGUACAGGUAAAAAAAACAGCUUAUUUCUCACUCAUGGGUUGGUGGUGUAAAGCUGUGCAUUGGAAUUUAAUAAGUUUGGAUACAAAGGAACAAAUUGAUGAACUGGGUGAUAGUUCAGGCAGGCUGUGUAGUCAAAUUCAGCCCAUGGUGAAUCAGCUGACCUUACGGGAAAGAAAGCAACUCCCAGAUGAUAUUCAGUAUUCGUCUUCGCUGUGGUGAAAGAAAGGAAAUUAAGAGUAAAAGCCAGAGUUACAAUUUUAGCAAUAAAAAUAUGCUAUAAAAUGUUUUUAUAUGUUUCUACAGCUGAAAGCAGACAAGGAGCAGCAUGCAAUGUUGGCUGUUUUUGACGAGAACAAGAGUUGGUACCUGGAUCAUAACAUUCGUCAGUACUGUGAUCGGUCCAAAGUCAACAAGGCAGACCCAGACUUUUAUAAGUCAAAUGUUAUGCACAGUGAGUUUUGCCAUAAUCAAGAUCAAUCUUGUCAUAUUUAUUCUAAACGUUUACCUCUAUUUUUUUUUUUUACUAACCUCAUUGGUCUAAUCUGCCUUGUUUGAAAUUGUUUCACAGCGAUCAACGGUUACGUGUUUGAGAGUGGUCCAACCUUGGGCUUUUGCAAUGGUGAGAUUGCGACAUGGCAUGUGUCCAGCAUCGGAACACAGGACUUCAUCCAGACAGCUACUUUCUACGGACAUACAUUUGAGCUGAAUGACCGGACAGAGGACUAUCUCAGCCUCUACCCCAUGACUGGAGAGACCAUUGCCAUGAACAUGGAUAACAUUGGUCGGUAUUUCUUGAUUAUGAACUGAACAUCCAAGUACUAGAUUUAUAGGGAUGCAUAUUCUUAAAGAAUAAGUGGUCCUUUAGACAUGACCGUCUUGUGUGACUUUCUUUUUCCAGGUGUAUGGCUCCUGGCUUCCCUGAACUCCCAUGAGACAAUGAAAGGGAUGCGUGUUAAGUUCCAGGAUGUCGAGUGCUAUCGAGAUUACCAGUAUGAGUACAAUGAUGAGGAAGAAUUCAACCAGUGGAAACCUCAAACCUUGAAUGAGAUCAGAGAGGAAGAGAAAAAAGCAGAAGUUGAAAAACAAAAGGAGCCGGUGGAGUCAGACAGCAUAUCAGAUCAUUGGGCUUCAGAGCUCGGGAUAAGGUCUCUCAAGAACCAAUCACAGACCUCAAGUGUUGAGUUGCUGGACUUGUCUUUCCUUGACUAUGAUGCUGUGGAUGUGCCCACAGGAGACCCACAUCCGGCUGUUGUAUCAAGCUCAGAUUUGAAAAAUGAGACAGUGCCCUCAAAUUGGAAGGAGGUUGAUGGACUAAAUCCCGAAGCUGUAACUCUUCUGAACCAAAGCAGUGAGAAUUCUACACAUACCCAGAAUGGUAGCGUCCUCUCAACUCCGGACAACUCGACCAAGUUAAAAACUGAGAACAGCACGAUUUUUUACAGUGCAAAGAAUGAAACAAUAACUGCAAAUUCUACCAGUGCUACAGCAUCACCUACAGUUGGGACUCUACUGACUGAAGCGACUAAUUUCAUAGGAGCAUUGCAAGACAUUUUUGAAGCAUUGCAUAGAAAUUUGAGUCCUGACUUGGAGAUUGAAACAAUAACCCCUGAUGGCGCAAACUCAACAGCAACAGAGCAGGAGCCUGGACUUCAGUUGAAUUCGUCCAACAAUUUCAAUAUUUCAUCCAGUUCGAACCUUGAAAACGAAACACAAACUUUGGAGGAAACCAUGCCUUUACAGAAUCUUACUAUGGGUAUAUCAGGAUUAAAUUCAUCAGAGGGAGACAGUUUGGACAACAGGACCAAUGUUACAGGUAUUUAUGAUAAGCUUAACCAAACAUCAUCAUCUCCAGAAAGCUUUACCAACGAGACAGUUUCUUCAGUUAAUAUGACUCUCUCUAGAAACGACAGUUCCGUUGAGUUAAGUUCAUCAGAAAUCAUUGAAGAAGUUGUUAUCUACCUGAGAGAAAAUGACACAAUGGUGAUCAAAACCAAACCCAUCAAGACACAAGAGUACAACUGGACUUAUGAUGGAACUCAUGAAGUGGUACCACUGGAGAUUCCUGAUGAAAUGAUGAAGUAUCUUGGCAAAGAGAGCCCGCGAACAACACCAGCCCCCAAAAAGACCAAGAAGGUGAACUUCCGACAGAGACCUCAGAAAGGCCACGGCAUGAAGACAAGGAAGAGGAAAGAAUACAAGCCUCAGGCAAGAAGUGGCUUACCGUUAUCUCCCCGCGGGUUUCACCCUGGCAUGACCCCACGUGGGGCGAGACCCAAUAUACCACAACCUGUAUCAGAUGAGGAAGAGCUCAUCAAUAUGCCUGUUGUCAUAGGAGUGCCCAGGCCGGACUUCAGUGACUACGAGCUUUAUGUUCCCGGAGAUGAACCAGAUCAUCUAGGCGUGGGAGAAAGUGAUGUGAAAGAUAAUGAAUACGAAUAUGUGGUCUACAAAGACCCUUACAGUGGUCAUCAAGACAUUAAGAAUCUAAACCUGGAUGAGACAGCUAAAUACUACAUGAAAUUCACAGGUUCAAAUUACAAGACUUAUUUCAUCGCUGCAGAGGAGGUUCAGUGGGACUAUGCUGGCUACGGGCACAAGUAAGCGAAAUGAGAAGUUAUGGCAACAGAAUAUUCAGAAUUAUCGGGAAACCGCUGCACAUUUGCAUGUUAACAUACUUUUGUGUUGUCACCACAGGAGGCAAGAAAAAUCACAUGUACACGGCAGCAUGACCGAGUUCACCAAGGUGGUUUUCAGAGGUUACAUAGACAGCAGCUUCAGCACACCUGAAGUCAGAGGGGAGAUGGAUGAGCAUCUUGGCAUCCUUGGACCUGUCAUCAAAGCUGAAGUUGGACAGAGCAUCAUGGUAAGGCUGCGUGGGUUUGUUGGGAUUUUCCUCUUUCUUGCCCUCUUACAGGCCAAAUUAAACAGCUGGUUGGCUUAGCUUUGCACGGGGACGUUAACAAGGAGGACUGAUUUGAUCUGCUCAAGAAACCAAGGUGUAAAACCAAAUUUUGUGGUUGUUUGGAGAGUCAUGCUUCAGAAAAGCGAAGCAACUAUCUUCAGCGGGGUUAGCAAUUUCUGUUUGCUUACAGCCUUUGUGCUAAAUAAAGCUCACUGAAAUCUGACCGUAGCUUCAUUUAGACAUUAAUAGUUGGAAAUAAAGUAAGAAAGGCAAAUUUUAAAAAAACAUGACACUAUCUUUUAAAGGCCUGAUGAUGUCCUUUCUGGUUGUUUUUAAUCUUGUAGGUGGUUUUCAAGAACAAUGCAAGACGUCCGUUCUCCAUACAUCCAAAUGGAGUCAGUUACACCAAACAGACAGAGGGACUGUCCUAUGAUGACGGCUCAAAGUACUGGUUCCAGUAUGAUGACGAGGUUAAGCCCAAUACUACCUUCACGUACAUAUGGAAGGUCAGCUCAAUGGUUGGGCCGAAGCCACAUGAGUCUCACUGCCGGACCUGGGCCUACUAUUCAGGUGUUAAUCCUGUAAGUAAUUCACACUUGGUCGAAUAUUAUGCUCUUAUUAUGUUAGGUAUGAAAUACUAUCAUCAGUGACUUUGGCCAUAUCUGCUACCCCCUAGUGGCCAUUCAAAACAUUACGUAGCACAUAUGUAAAGGCUGAAAGUAAUAGUCCACCAAUUCUUACCAAGAUUGAGUUACAAACUAAAAUCUGACUUCAGCAAAAAACGCUUUGAAAGUUAAAUUAGAAAUUACCAUUUAACUUGUUUUUUGAUUUGCUUGUAUUUAAGGAGAAAGAUAUCAAUUCUGGUCUGAUCGGGCCUCUUCUGGUGUGCCGAGAGGGAACCCUGGAAGAGGAGUUACCGAAAUUCAGGCAGUUCAUGUUGUUGUUCAUGACCUUCGAUGAAUCCCAGAGCUGGUACUACGAGACCAACCGCGAGAUGAUCCAAAGAAAAAGUCGGAGGAGAAUUCCGGACUCUACCUUCAGGGAGAACCUCAAGUUCCACAGUAAUGUAUUUCAUAACAUCCAGAAGUUUAAACCUAAUGAGUUCAUUGGGCUUAGAAAAUAGGCAUUGGUGUGGCAGUGAAGUCACCUGAACAGGAAGCAAAUGAGAAAAGGUUUAAGGAAAAACUGUCUGUUGCUUAGUCAAAAAUUUUCAGUUAGAGAAGAAAAUAACAAAACAACUGAACCAAAAAAUGCUGAAGUGUCUUUUUUUCCUUCUUAGCUAUCAACGGCAUUACAUACAACCUAAAAGGCCUGAGGAUGUACACCAACCAGCUUGUGUCCUGGCACCUGAUUAACAUGGGCUCACCCAAAGACUACCAGAGUGUCCACUUCCAUGGACAGACCUUCCUCUACAAGAAGACCACCAGCUACAGACAAGCGGUCUUUCCACUUCUGCCUGGUGAGCAGCUUUGACAGAUUUCAUUACAAUAUUGUGUCUUUCUUUUUAUAAAUCUACGACCCAGAUUCUAAAAACUUCCUGAAAGUAAAACGUCAUGGAUAGAAUCGUCUAAAUUACAUGAUAUCAUUAAAAGAUUCAGCAGGUGACCCUGAACUGUUUAGCAGCUGAAAUUCUCUAUCAGGAAAGAAUGGGACAACAUUUCACUCUUCAAACUACAGAAACUGGUCUACUAGGUUCACUUAUGUUUACAGAGUGAUGUUACACAAUGGGACACAUGACCCUGAAAGAACUUCUUGAUACGAGUUGCGAGCAUCAAAUUUAAAAUGGGCUUGUAUUUUUCUCAAAACAAAAUUUUGAUCUGAGUUUCAGUGUUUGCUAUCCUGUCUUUGCUUUUUUUUAAUUUGAAUAUAGUCUUCAUUUCAUUUCUUUAUUUAUUUCUGGACAUGGUUAAAAAAAAUGUAUAUAAAAAAAACACACAAAACAACAGUUAAGAAUAAAAUAAAAUAAGUGCCUCACUUAGAAGCACAUCAAUCUCACUUAUCACAACAAAAUAAGAACAACAACAAAACCAGAGUAUCCACAUGUCCAAAAAAGUCUUAAAAAUAUUUGAAAAUAAUCUGAUUUUGUAUAUUUUAUUUUACAAGGCAUUCUUACAUUUUUGAAUUGGGGUUGUGUAUUCUUGAAAACCAAAGUUCCACCAUCAAAAGACAAUGAUCAUUGGGCAUUGCAGCUUCAUUUCUGUACCUAACUGUCUUUGCAGGAGGUUUCGCCACUUUAGAGAUGCGUCCAUCCAAACCUGGCCUGUGGCAGCUAGAGUCAGAAGUUGGUUUUAAUCAGCUGAAGGGCAUGCAGACCCUCUUUCUUGUCCUGGAUAAUGGUACAAAUAAUACAAGUCACAGCAGAAUUUGCAGUAUUUUGUUCUCAACUGCACUGACACACUGUUAUAUUCAUCGUUCCGGCUCUUCGUAGACUGCUACCGUCCAAUGGGUCUGGAGUCUGGCAGUGUGAAGGAUGACCAGAUCACAGCAAUUAACACCAGAGGUAAUCACAACCUGCUGUGAUUCUGCUGCAAACAUGAUGAUUGUAAAGUGUUUGUCCUUAGAGGAAUGACUGUAUAUCACUGUUUCUGAAGGUUACUGGGAGCCACAUCUAGCAAGACUGAACAAUCCCGGUAAAUACAACGCCUGGAGCACAGAGAAUAACCACAGCUGGAUCCAGGUAUGUGCUGCAGAUGGGAAAAAUGUAUGUCUGUGGAAUACAAUCUGCUUCAUAUUCACUUCCUCUCUACAGGUGGACCUCCAGCGGCCAGUUGUGAUCAGCCAGGUAGCCACCCAAGGGGCCAGGCAACUCUUCAGCGACCAGUAUGUGACCAAGUACUACAUCUCUUACAGUACCGAUCGCAGGAACUGGAUCUACUAUAAAGGCGACAGCAGGGACUUUAGGAAGGUGGGGGAGGAUCACUUACCUUGUUGAUCAGUACAGCUUCAAACUCAGACAGAUCACCUCUUCAUGUCUCUGUGAUCGUCUUUUCUCUCUUCAGAUGUUUAACGGGAACCGGGGGGCAUAUGAAAUAAACAAAAACACCUUCUUUCCUCCUCUGAUUGGACGGUUUAUCAGGCUCCACCCUGCCAAAUGGUAUGGCAAGGCUACAGUUCGCAUGGAGUUCUACGGCUGUGAGCUCGAUGGUACGGCUGUUUGUGGGAUUACAACUUUGUUCUUCUGAAAUUUACAUUAGAUGGUCAAAAUGUGUUCUUGUUUGCAGGAAGAUCUUAAAUCUGAACUUAGAACACUGUUAAUUCUUAUAAAGUGAGAGUUCCUGUAAAUGUUUUUAAUUUUUCUUUGUUUUUUCCAAGGCUGUUCGGUUCCUCUGGGGAUGGAAACAGGACUGAUCGAUGACCGUAAAAUCACAGCCAGCUCCACAGCCUCCAGCUGGUACUCCGGACCCUGGCAACCCUCGCUGGCUCGCCUCAACAAACAGGGCACAAUCAACGCAUGGCAGGCUAAGGUACUAAUACAUACUGUUUUUACCCAUGUGCUUCAACUUCAAAUUGAAGUGCACGAAGUUAAGCCUACUCUUUCUCUCUCUGUGUGCUGCAGUAUAAUGACAUGAACCAGUGGCUUCAGGUGGAGCUGCCUCAAGUUAAAAAGAUCACAGGAAUCAUCACACAAGGAGCAAAGUCUCUGGGUAAAGAGAUGUACGUCAUCUCCUACUCUCUGGAGUACAGCGACAAUGGCAUCCACUGGCACCAGUACACAGACGACGAGUCCAUCUCCUCAAAGGUGAGCCGCAGCAACAUCACAUGAAACUGUAUCAGCUUUGUGGGUUUUCCCUUCAACAGUGUCAUCUUUUGACCAUCUCUCUUUUUAUAUCUAGACGUUUAUAGGGAAUACAGACAACAACGACCACGUGAAGAACUACAUCUACCCUCCGAUUUUCUCACGCUUUAUCCGCAUCAUCCCACGAAGUUGGAUGAGCUCCAUCACCAUGAGGAUUGAACUCCUGGGCUGUGACUUUGAGUGA